AUGAUUAUCGCACCAUUCGUACUGUUUAUACCUUUAAUAUUGUGCGAAAAUGAAGAUAAUGUAACAUUGCCGCAAGAUGAGUUUAAGUGUUCCCUGCCAGAUGUGAAGAGUUUAGAUUCAAAUUUGGAUGUAACAAGGUUUAGGUCUGACUUCUCAAAAAUAUCUGAGAUUAAAUGUAUUGAUGGCAACUGGGUAGGCCCACUAUGUUCUAGUACUCCAGAUGGCAGAUUUCAACCUAUAUUACGAGAAUGUUUGUAUCGGAACGAUUCACCAUUGUUGGCAAUAUCUUUUAAGAAUUCGCUAUUGAUCGUGGUUCCCGAGGAAGGCGGAGAAGAGACGCACUACAGACUAACGUUGACGGACGUCGGUGCGACACAGCGACCAUACACCAUUCACAUCGCAGGGCGGACACACCAACACCGUGAUCAUUACAGUGUUGUUAGUCAAUGGUCAGCCUUGCCACCGACAUGCGAGGAAACACUCUGCUCUACGCUAAAGACGUUAGGCCCCCACCUCAGCGUGGUUGAGUAUAACUCUUCCUUCGGUGGCCGGGCUGUGUUCCAGUGUGCAUGGGGAUAUCGACUUAUUGGACCUCCGGGACUAGAGUGUGAAAUGGACGGCACGUGGUCUGGGGAAGUGCCACAUUGCAUACAGCCUUCCAUCAAAGACGGCAAGUACUCAGUGGGAGAUCUCAUGAUAUACACCUGUAAAGAUGGAUAUGAGAUCGUUGGAGAGUCAUCCAUAGUGUGCACAGAAAAUGGUUUUUGGUCGCAUCCGCCACCAUUCUGCCUACCGCCUUCCAAGAUACGUAAAGCAGACACAAUAUUCGUUGAGAAUACAACGUUGAUUCACAUUGAAGAGUAA